GCCUUUUUGUCUAUGCUUUGGCUUAUUAUGGCGAAAAUUAUUGCCGCAUCUCAUAGAAUGUAAUAACAAUAAGUUAACUGGUUUGUUUUUGUAGUUUCAAUUGGACAAAAUAUUUUUGGAAUGAGAAGUAUUAUUUAACAAGCAAUUAUAGCCUUUUCGUUUCAAAUCACUAAUUUCAGAGUGUUCUUUUAGUUGUAAUGCGCAUAGGUAUACAAUGGAGACGGGAGAUAAUAGACCAGAAGAGCAUGUUGAAGCCGGUCCUAGCACAUCUGCAAUUUCGGCACCACCCUCCUAUCACGGCUCCCCUGCACCGGACAAGGGUCCCCCGCCAUCAUAUGAAGAAGCGAUUGAUCCUAAUGCGCCACCUCCCUCAUAUGACUCAUUGUUUGGUAGAGUCAGAGAGGUUCGCAAAUCCUCUUCAGGAUUUCUUGACUUCUUCAAGAACUUAACAAUAUUACUGAUCGGAACAAUUGGCUGUGGGGUGGUUUUCACCAUCACAUUUGUUAUUCCUGUCUCUAUGAUCGUCGUAGGUUUGGUCUACCUACACGAGUGUCCAAACAGUGAAUAUAUUCCCAUUUUCUUGCUUGUUGGAGGUGGGUUCGGAGUGCUGAAGCAAUUGCUGCAUCUCUCUGCUCAAGUGAGAGUCAGAGAGGAGGAGAGAGAGCAAGAGAGGCUGAGACAAACCCCGACACAGACACUCAUCUCUUGCUUCAUGCUGGGCUGGUUUAUCAUAGGCAGUAUGUGGGUGUACGGUGCCAGUCAGCCCAGUUUUGACCGGUCCAACCCGCACUACUGUAACAGGUUCCUGUACACGUUCGCGCUGGGUCUGGUCACCUCGGUGUAUAUAUCUCUGGCUGCUGUCAUCAUGUGCAUGUGCAGCGCCUCUGCUGUUGCUUUCGUCUACCAAGCUCACGCCGGCUCACAGGAGUUCAGGAUAUAAAUGUUCUCGCACUAUAUCUUACAGCUCUCAGCCAACUAAUUUUCUUCAACGUUAAGAGCCUUUGUCAAUCUUUUUUGGCCUACAGAUUACUGGAGGUUUUUCCAAACAAAUAUAAAUGUAGGGAAUACCUGCUAUAGUAUCAUUCACAAAUAAUGCAACUAGAUUGGUGCCAAAUUUGUGUCAUCUUAGUAUGUACUUGGAUAUGUGUCUGUUACAGUUAUCAUAUGCUUAACACUUACUCCUAACGAAUAAAAUCUAUGUACCCACUUGGGUACAACACUAAAACACUAUUACGUAAACAUGAAAAUAUACUGCAGUCUGAUUAUAAAGUCCAAACAGAGUCUGAAGGUGGCACAAAAGCUAGUUGCUAAGUACAAUUUAAGGAAUUUGCAAAAGCAGGUAUUGACAACAUUUAGAAAUUUGUCCAUUGCCAGUCUCAUUUAUACGGUUUAAUUGUAUUGAUUGUUAGGUUUUAUAACAAUGAUUUAAAUAAGCAGUCACAAAAGAAUUAUUAUAAAAAUGUCAAUGUUGACCAAAAAAGAACAUUUUUUUUUAAAUUUAGGUGUAUACAAAAAAAUUGUUUUACUUUUUAUGUUUGAACCACAUCUAAAAUCAUGUCAAUGAGAACAGUAUUCCGAAAAAAGUUCAGAACGACAUAUUGUAAAUCUUGCUUUAUCACGUGGAGUGCUGAUGACGGGAAUUCCUGAUUAUUUCUUAACAUUGAAAUAAAUGCAACUUUCAUGAUCAAACAUGUUGACCGCACUAAUAAUGUUAAGGGUACAAUUACACUACAUCAUUUUGUACCAAAUGUAUGGAUUUUAUUUUUUUUUGCAUCGAUGAUAAAGACUUUUAUAGCUAUAAUUUUUUUAUCUCAAAUAGCAACAGUUUUAGUUGAAUGUAGAUCAAAGUUAAUAUUGUUUUGCGUAAGAAGGUUUAGUUGGUUUUCUAAUUAGAAUUUUUACUUGCUGUGUAAAAGAGUAAAAUUUAGUUAAAUAUAUUUUUAUACCUUUCCAAUUUUAAGUAUACAUAUAAAAGUCAUUCUGGAGGUCUCUCAAAAAACAUC